GAGGCGAGAGCCCGGCAGCCACUUCGCGCUGUGUUUGCUGCGCGGGCUUUUGGAGGGGGCGGCCGCUGAGUCGGUCCCGGAGAAGCGAUCACCGGCGGCGUUGGUGCUGGCGCCUGGGGGCGGGGGACUGGAGAGACAAGAAGGGGGGUCGCUGCGGUGGUUCUCUCGCUGUCGCGCUCUCCUUGCCUUUCUCCCGGCUCGGUGGGCUUCCCCCGGCGUCUCACUCGCCUCCGGGGCCUCGUUCCCCGCCCCCCGCGGUAUGUCUUGAUCCCGAGCAGCGGGUUUCAUGGGGCUCCUUAGGAUUAUGAUGCCGCCCAAGUUGCAGCUGCUGGCGGUGGUGGCCUUCGCAGUGGCGAUGCUCUUCUUGGAGAACCAAAUCCAGAAGCUGGAGGAGUCCCGAUCGAAGCUGGAAAGGGCUAUUGCAAGACAUGAAGUGCGAGAAAUUGAGCAGCGCCACACAAUGGAUGGUCCCCGGCAAGAGGCAGUGCUGGAUGAGGAAGAGGAUAUGGUGAUCAUUUAUAACAGAGUCCCCAAAACUGCAAGCACCUCUUUUACCAACAUUGCCUAUGACCUUUGUGCAAAGAACAGAUACCACGUUCUUCACAUCAACACUACCAAAAAUAAUCCAGUGAUGUCACUACAAGACCAGGUUCGCUUUGUAAAGAAUAUUACUUCCUGGAAAGAGAUGAAACCAGGGUUUUAUCAUGGACAUGUAUCUUAUUUGGAUUUUGCAAAAUUUGGUGUGAAGAAGAAGCCAAUUUACAUUAAUGUCAUAAGGGAUCCUAUUGAGAGGCUAGUUUCUUACUAUUACUUUCUGAGAUUCGGAGAUGAUUAUAGACCAGGUUUAAGAAGACGAAAACAAGGAGACAAAAAGACCUUUGAUGAAUGUGUAGCUGAGGGCGGCUCAGACUGUGCUCCGGAGAAGCUCUGGCUUCAAAUCCCAUUCUUCUGUGGCCACAGCUCGGAAUGCUGGAAUGUGGGAAGCAGGUGGGCCAUGGAUCAAGCCAAGUAUAACCUCAUUAAUGAGUACUUUCUGGUGGGAGUUACUGAAGAGCUUGAAGAUUUUAUCAUGUUACUGGAGGCAGCUUUGCCCCGGUUCUUCAGGGGUGCUACAGAACUCUAUCGUACAGUAGGAAAGAAAUCUCAUCUUAGGAAAACCACGGAGAAGAAGCUCCCCACUAAACAAACCAUUGCAAAACUGCAGCAGUCUGACAUAUGGAAAAUGGAGAAUGAGUUCUAUGAGUUUGCCCUGGAGCAAUUCCAGUUCAUCAGAGCCCACGCUGUACGAGAAAAAGACGGAGACCUCUACAUCCUCGCACAAAACUUUUUCUAUGAAAAGAUUUACCCUAAAUCGAACUGAGUAGGAGUUGGGACUGUUAGAUUCCUGAACUAAAACUUUGACCCUGUCUUCACCUUAGUUAUCAGCUCCACAACUCGGUUGCUGAUAGGUGUAUAAGACAGUUUGUAUUGAGCCAAGUUAGGAAACAGAAACACCGAGGAAGUAGAUACUGGCUGGUAAGUUUCAGUGGCCUAAGAAGUUUAAGUUUCAGCCUUUUUUUCUUUCUUUUCUUUCUUUCUUUUUUUUUUUUUUUCCUGGUUAAAUUUUCAUGGGAGUUAUAACCUCCUGCCUGGAAAAAGCCUACACAUCACCUGAAAAUAAACACAUAACAGGUCUAAUCAGAGGCUAAAUACAGUUUCACAAAAAAGUUCUGAUGCUCUCUUUUUGAUAAAGCAUUUUUUUCCCCAACUAACCAUGAAUGAAGAUGAAUCCAUUUGCUACUCCCACCUUCACCUGGAGGUUCGAGAUACACACCUCUACUGAAUAGUGUUACUAACUGUUGGGCAGUGUGUGCUUUGCUUCUGUGAAUCCUGUCUCAUGAAAUUUAUUGGAAUGUUUGGUCCUGUUUGCUAAGAACGUCUCUGCUGUAGUUGGAAUUGCCCAUAUUUAUGUAGGUCGUUUUAAUAUUCUUUAACCAAAAAAAAAAAAAAAAGACCAUUAGUGUUAAAAACCAGUUUUAAAAGAAUCAAAGCAGUAUUUCUCAUUCCUGUCUCCCCAGUACCUAAGAAUGAGGAGACACUUGAAAGAAUGCUGACAUUUUAGUUUAAGGCUUCCACACAUCACUAUCAAAAAAGUAGGCUUAGUAUUCGUUCCCCCACAGGUUGUUUUUAAAGCCUGGAACUGACAUUGGGGACUCCAUAUUAUAACUCCAUCAGUGAGCUGUGGUGUGGGUAGGAUUUUCCUACUUCUUCUGUACUUUUACUUGUAGACUAUUUUUACUAAGGUGCUUUAUAAUGUGUUUUAAAGCGUUGCAUUUACAAAAAAAGAAAGGAAAAUGCUGUAAAUAUUGCAUAUUUUAUGUAUUUGGACCAAAAGGUUAUAAGUAAUUAGAUAAAAGUGGUUUUGCACCAGUUUUAUUAUAUCGAGUAAAAUCAUCAGACCUACUGCUCUUAUAGUUCUCGUUUAACUUUACUAUUAAGACAUCACUGAAAUGAACUUCAGUACCUUUCGAUUUUGAUACACAAUACGUUAUUCAUAAUUGGGGCAGUAGUUAUAGUGGGAAGAGUACUGGACCAGGAGUCAGAAAAUUUGAUUUCUGGUCCUGGCUCUGCCGCUUAUCAGCUGUGUGAUCCUGGGCAAGUCACUUAACCUCUCUUUGCCUCAAUUUCCUCAUCUUGAAAUGAGGAGACUAAUACCUGCUGUACCUACCUCACAGGGGUGUUGUGAGGAUUACCUGAGAUGGCAUGUGAAAGCACUUUGAAACUGUAAUGCGCUAUAUAAACGGAAGGUAUUAUGGAAACAUCGUUAAC